AUGACGAUUACAAAACAACCAGAAACCGCUCCUAUUAUACUAGAAGAAAACACCACACAGCUUCAGGACCAGCAGAAAAGCUUUACACAGAAGGUGAUACAAUCAAUACAUGAUUUUAUAAACGGCUCUAAUUUAUCAAUAUUAUAUGCAGCUCUUUUAAUCCUUGCCAACGGCUUUUUAUUCUCCUUUUUGCUUGAGUCUAUUGAUCUAACUCUCAGAAACAUCCUCAGAAUACUAGCCAUCAACCAGCUGAAAGACAGCUCGAGAUUCACUUGGUUUGUGAAUGUCAUAACCUACGGAAUGUACUUUGUGAUAAACAUCCCAGCAAUGCUCUACGUGAGAAGACAGGUCAAACUUCCAAAGAUACUCGACGGAAAAAUAACCCUAGACUCGCUCAGAACAAUCGAGCUGCUGACGUAUGGUCUCAUAUUCAUCAGUGUUCCUCUGAUAAAAGAGUUUGCACUGGGCGCUACUUUGGAGUACUUCUCCAGCUUCUACUACUACAAGCAAGCAGUGAAGGUGGCAAGCAUAGUCAGCUGGAUAGUGCUCGCCUUUGAAGGAUGGGGAAUACUAAGAAACACCGAAAGAUACACUUUCUACCAGACAAAGAACGAAAGUCUUCUUGUGUUCUCUGCCAAUGUGGCAUAUGCUCUGCUGCUGCUCGUAAUACUAGCAGGAUUUGUCUACAUUAAGCUGAUGAACUAUGCAACAGGCAACAUUAUGGUGGGGCUAUAA